CCUAGUGUUCGGGCCUAUCUACAACAACCUGCAUCCGCGUGUGCCAUGGAUCUAUAUGUGUGUCAAGCUUCGUUUUCCCUCCAAAAGAUACACAUGCGUUUUUGAGAGGCACAAAACCCAAAACAGCCAUCAACAUACACACGACUCGUAUCUACGCAGAGCACAAAUGGCGCUGCCCCCACGGUAAGGCAUUACAGUCCUCCUGUAGAAGUGACGUCUGACACACAGAUGUAUUACUAUUCCCCAGUGUCCUCGAGCCAAGUUAGGCCCCAGAGCUCCACAGAGGAGGAAGGGCAGUGGAGCACGUCUCUCAUGGACUGCUGUGAGGAUGCAGCCAGCUGCUGUUAUGGGUUCUGGUGCUGCCCGUGCCUCUCCUGCACAGUGUCUGGGAGACUACAGCACCCAUACUGCCUGCCUCUGUGUGACUGUGUGAGCUGUCUCUCCUUGUUGCUCAGCCGUGUCCCUCUGGUGGUGCCCCCUGCUGGCCUCGCUCUGCGUGUGGCCAUGAGAGCCAAGUACAAAAUCAAGGGCACUCUGUUCAAUGACAUGGUUGUAGCCUGCUGCUGCUUCUGGUGCUCUUGGUGUCAGAUGCACCGUGAGCUAAAACACAGAAUGAAACUCCCCCAGAUAAUCAACGUCCAGAACGUGGUGAGUGUGCAGCCCCUGCCCACCACCAACAUGACCCCGGCAACUGUUACUAUGGACAACAAUGACAACGCUCUGCUCAAGUAUUAGCCUUGUGCUCAUCCACACUGCUAAACUACUUGCACAUCAUAUAUGCAUCUAUAUCAUAUCAUUACCAUCAUAUAUGUUCCCUACUCUAAGCAUUCUAAUAUUUUUUUUCUAUUUAAAGGAGUCAUGUGAUGUGUUUUGGCUAUUUUACACUGUGUUUCUUGUAAGAUGCAAUUCUGAUCUAAAAGGGGUCCAUAAUUUCAAAACUGUUCAAAACUGCAGAAUCAAGUAGCAUUUCACUGAUUGUUAUCAAAAUGCGGUAUUUUUUUUAGAGUUUUCUGAAAAGUACUUUGUAUAAAAGAAAUGUUACUUGUUGAGUAUUUACUUAAGGGUUGAGUGCCUUCUAAACAUUUCAGGAAGGGUGAAUGGAGUUUAAAAGUUGUAUAUAAUAAAAAUGAAUAACAAAAU